UCACACGCACAACGGUCGGCACGGUCGAAUGUGAAAAGAUUGGUACAGAUCAAAGUCGUUUAAGGGAGAAUUGGAUAAUUCAAUAAAGAAAACAAUUACAUUACUAAAAAAUAUAGACUUCCCCUGUGUUUGUCUGCUCAUUUGAUCCAAAUUGGUAAAGAAAUAUAGAUUUUACAGUAGUUUUGGGUUACUUAGUUUGUCGGUCCGGCGCGCAGCGACGGCGCGUGGGAGGGGAAAAAAUACCACCUCGCAGCUUAAUCCCCCCCUAUUCUCUUCUAUAAUGGACGAUUCCGGAGUGAGUCGGUGACGUAGGGACCCUGUGAAGCUAUUUAUAGGAUGGGGAAACUCUACUCUUGAUGCGUACGUUCUCGAAAUUUCCAAAAUGGCGGCCAGUAGAAGCGGGAAACGGCGAGCAGAGCCUCCGGCAGCAGUUGAGUUCAAUGACCAAGCGUUCGCGUGCGAAGUUGAACAUAUCUCUGGCUGGACAUCAGACGAAAUUGACCUGUUGCUUACGGAAUACAGCGUUCCAGAUCAUUGGAAUGGAAUUCUGACCACAGCAUUGUUGGAGACAAUCAGAUAUCGUAUUGAGCACUCGACCACCAAAAGCUACAAACGUGAUUUCCCACCAAUAUUUUCUGCCCUCAACCUCAACUUGCCUACCAGCACCAACUUAAAUGGACUACUCCAAAAAGUACAACGACAUGUAGCCAAAUCAAAACGAACCCACACCACAGUAGACCUCCUCCAAGAAGUGCCUGAAUUUGCAAAACACUAUAAGAACACCAUUGGACCACACUGUGAAAAGAGCAGAUUAACACCAGACUCACUACUUCAUCAAACAGACUUCAGUGCACAAAACAUCAACAAUGCAAUGAUCAUUGAACUAAAUUGGUUCAGGGAGACUUCAAACACAACCUGGCAAACAGUUCGGGACACAUGGUGGCCAAAUCUGUUUUCAGCAGAUUUCAGUCCUCCACAAAUUGGCACUAUUCAGACUAACUGGCACAACUUGGCUCUAAAGCGACAGAAACUACGACAUGACCCACUUAAGGAUUUUCUGGAAACAUCUUACAGAGUUCCAACCCCAAGACCUCCAGCACAAAGUAUUGACAGCCAAGAUAACGAUGAAGAUGAAGAUGACGACUCAGAUCUGGAAUUUUAUGCAGACUUGAUUUCAGAAAACACUCUUGACCAUAUGGGUAACUGUAUGGAAUAUUUGACAGACCUUUGGCAGGAGGAGGUUGAAGACAAUCAGAAAACUCAAAAAGUGUUAAGCAGAGUAUCAAAAGCAUUGGAAGAUGCGAAAGCAAUAAAUCAUUCUCUGAAAAUAGAGCUUGGCAGUUUGCAAAAUAAGAAUGUGGUACGACGCUUACAAAGAAGAAAGCAAGAUUUGGAAGAAGUGAAAAAGACCAAUCAAAGACUUAACAAGAAAAUAGAAAAGCUAGAGGAAAGAGUGAAAAUGUUGCAAAAGUCAAAGAAGAACAAAGGUGAUUCCAGAAGAUAUUUCAAGACUAAUCGUGAUGAAAGUGACAAAGCAAAGCAAACCUUAAAUAAACAGGUGAAAGAAUUGGAGACUGAAAAUGAGGACUUAAAGUGUCAACUUGAUGAUAUAGUAAAUGAUCGUGAGAUCCAGAGCUAUGAAAAUGGCAAAUACAUCAAUGACAUCAGGCUAACAUGUUUUGAACUUAUUGCCCGAGGAGUUAGUAGCAGAAAUGUGUCCGACAUAAUAAGGAUAGUUCUUAAAGAUGUAGCCAAGAUGAAAGUCGGAAGAUUACCAAAGCCAACUCUCAUACGCUAUCUAUGCAUAGAACAAGCUAUGCUCAGCAAAGAAGCAGCACGAGCUAAAAUUGAAUCCUCAGAACAUUCCGUAACACUUCAAGUUGAUGGCACCACCAAGAAGAGGAAGGGAUAUACAACUUUUUUAGCUUCCACAGAUGCGGGGACUGUUGGCAUGAGCCUUCAUGACAUCCACACUGAAAGCGCAGAGAGCUUACUUGAAGAAACGAAGGACACACUGGAUGAGUUGAUCAUGCUGAACAUAAAGGACGACCCAAAGCAAACCCUUAAACUUUUAGCCAAAAUAAAGAACACAAUGACUGACCGAUGCAUCGUAAAUAAGGCUUACAUCACAAAACUAGAAAAAUGGAGAGCUGCUGCACUACCACAGGUGACUGACAAUUGGGAAGAGAUUGAUGAUGAUGUCAAACAUCAACUUAGCACCAUCAAUGAUCUUUUCUGCGGAAAGCACUUAGUUCUUAAUCUUCAAGAGUAUGCUGCCUCUGCACUGUACGAGUGGGAACGUAUCGAGGCAGAUGAUGGAAAACUGGGGAGGGAAAACAAAAUGCUGUGGAGUAGGGGAAAGGAGAGUGCAACAUUACUUACUGUCCGUUCAUUCUGUAAUUUAUUAGGACCAGAAUGUGAUGAACAAUCCGGCAUGGUUGAAGAUUUCAAAUCUGUAUUGAAAACACAUCAUCAAUGCAAAUCACAUCUUCAAUCAUACCGAGGGAAUCGUUUCAACAUCCCAUUCCAGAAUUCUGCUGCGGUGUUCCACCAUAGAGAACAUUUCAACACGCUGUGCUCAUCUCUCGACUCCAAGCGCGAGGAAAACAUGUUUAUUAAAUGUCUCAAACUAGACCUGCAGGAUGAAAUAAUACUGGCAGGGAUGAGAGCAAUGGGGAUUAUAUCCCAGCAUAUAACGACUCCACUAAUGCAGAUGGUUGAAAGUAAUCUCCAUGUACUCGACACGGACAAAUUCUAUACCAGGCUGCACCAGAAAGUCCAAGAGUGGAUGAUAGACCCCUCCCCACUCGUCAAUGACAGUACUAUCCUGUUUCCAGAAUUCCCACCUGUAAAGAAUGAAAUCCACACGUCCCUAUAUGAACGAACAACAGGUAACAUUGAAAACCUGACCAAGCAAGCACUCUCUGUGAUAAUGCACAAUCUUCAUGUGUGCAUCAGUCGUCAGGUCGCUGAUCAUCUUCCAGGGGGAAGGUUUUACAACGCUACUGAUCUCAGAGAAGAAACAUUUACCUGCCCUAAGGACAAUCUUGCUCCUGAGCGUAUGUUUGCAGGUCUCGAUUAUCUUAGGCGUAAGAUGCCUAAUGCCAAUACAGUGGCCUUUGAAGGCAUUCUCCUCUGGAGCUUGAAUAAGACGAGAGAAUACCUAGAUGAUAUGGAUGAGGACACAAGAAAUAAAUUCCUAGGUGAUGCGCGCAAGCAUCGAAGCUCAUUUUUGAAAUUAUAUCAGCGCAAGAGUGCUGCAAUAAAAAAAACUGUUGCUGAUAAAUUGAAAAUGAAUCAAGAAAAAAAGGAAGCCAGACAGCGCUUCCUUACGAAACAAGCAGUUGAAAACACUGGAAAUGCUUUGAAGGUCUGCGGCAUCCUGUGCAACUCCCCAAAAGAUGUAGACCAUUUGAAAGACAAACAUAAGGGAAAGGAUCUUGAACAAGCCUUGACAACCCAAAUAAAGCAUUGGAAGAGUGCCAGCAAAGGAGGAGUUCAAAAAGACCUCUUCUAUCUCACCAACAAAGGAAAGAAACUAAGUGUAGAUCAGCUGGAAAGUAACUUGAGAAAUAUUAUUAAACAGAUAAUAACACAAGAUAUCCCAGAUGAAGACGCAGGCACCUCACAGAGUUCUUCAUCACAUGAACACAUAGACAAAGAGCAGCAGAAAAGUGAACUGAAAAAGAAACUUCUAUCCAAGUUGUCUCCCACCAAAAAGAGACGUAAAGGUCCAUUUCCAGGGGAUCGGAUAAUCCAAAAAAGAAUACGCCAUAUGUUCCUAGAGUCUAAAGGGGGAGAUUUAGUCGAGUAUAAGGCCAUUGUCCUAAGGAAAGCAACAGAAGAAGACAUUGAUGAAUUGGUCGAACCGGGUGAUAGAAAAUACGUUGGGGUGCAUACAUUUUAUACCAUUAUGUACGACCCUCCAUAUCAGGAAAUGCUAUGUUAUCCACUGGAAAAGGAAUGGGAUGAGGGCACACUAGAUUUAAUGUAAAUCAUCUUAUAACACAACAGCUCCCUGUAAGGCACAUGUAGUUCACACACAACAGUGUAAAAGGUGAUCAUGAUGCAUUUAAAGUAACAUAGUGUACACUUUACUCCAUGUUUACAAUUUUUUAUUUAUUUUUCUUCUUUAAAAAUUUCACAAUCAUUAGUCAGUUGUGAACACUAUAUAACUCAGAAAAGAAAUUAUGUAUCUACAUACUUUCUUGAUAUGGAGGUUGUACAUAAUGGUAUAAAAUGUACAUGAACUUUAGGUAAUAUGAUCUCACUAUAAAUCUAAUGUCAUGAAAAGGACAGAUAUAUUUUUGUUGAUCUGGUUUGCAGUUGUGGUGGAUCUGAAAAGAACCCUUGGUGUUUGCAACUCAACAUUUUGAUCAAUAUGCUCUGAUUGUCUUCAGGAGAAAGACGAUCAGCUCGAGUUGUAACACCAACCUCUCAUUUUAGAACCAUCACAUCUCAUAAAAUUUAUUAUUAGACACAUAAACACGUGGUGCUACUGCAAAACCAUAUAAGAAGCUAAUUGACAUAAUUAUUUGCAAAUUGUUGACGUUUCUCAUUCUCUGUAUGAGAUGCACCAGUAUAAUGGUCUGGUUUGCAGUUGUGUGGAAUUCUCAGAAUGAUGUAUGAAACCAUGUAAAUAACUACAAUGUACUGUAAAAUAACAAACUUUCAUUGUGCCAAGUUUCAUGGUUGUAG